AUGUACUCGUCACAAAAGCCUUCACGGCAAUCUCGGAGCUCGUCACCAUCACCAUCACAUCGAAGGAGCCCCGCACUCCUAGCAUGGCUGAUCCCGCUCGUCAACGUCGUUUCAGGUCAGACGACCACCACUUCGAUCCCAACAAGAUGGGGUCAGGCAUCAGCUCUCGUCGGAUCUCUCCUCGUGGUUCAGGGCGGCAAAACGCAGGGCACAUCGGGCGGAGGCUACACCUACAGCUCAGCACCCAGCGAUGCGCAGAUGUACACGCUCGACUUGUCGUCUGCUUUUCCACUCUCUUCACCACCGUGGCAAGCUGUGACAAUAGAGCAAGAAAGUGCUAUCGCACCAGCUGUCUCUUUCCACACCAUUUCGCCUCUCAACAGCACUUCUCUUCUGCUUUUCGGUGGUGACGGCAGUCCCGUGGUUCCAGUUCAAACAGGCAACGACUCUGCCUACAUCGUUCACCUUGGCGGCACCACUUCGAAUCGCACAGCUGCCUAUCAACAAGUUCCCACCUCUUGGAAUCAGCCAAUGCGACGAGAAUGGCACACCAGCGAAUCAAACGGUCAAGGCUCCGUCUGGAUUGUCGGAGGUGAAAGAGCAGACGGCUCCGGCACCAUCCUCGAUCAACAAUGGACCAUCGACACUACAGCCGCUUCGCCUUCAUUCCAACUUGUGCCCUCCUCUCCCCCGGGGAGUCUCGCUGGCUCCACCUCAACCAUGCUCAGCGAUGGCACUAUCCUCAUGCUUGGCGGCAUGGAUGCUUCGGGCCAGCUGCAAUCUCUUCAGGAUCUCUACGCCUUUUCCUCCAAGUCAGGGACAUGGUCGCACACGAGCACUCAGAGCGCAGCCAAUGGCACACUGCAGGCUCGUCAGGCGGCCUAUCCUGCACCUCGUCGCGACCACAUCGCCGUCAGCCUGCCCGACCAGCGAGUCUUCAUCCAGGGAGGCGCCAGCGCGGAUCUCUCCACUGUGUACAGUGAUGCCUGGAUCCUAGAUUGGAGCGUCAAUCCACCCGUCUGGACGCAAGUAGAUUCGGCAGACGGUCCCGGAGCCCGGUACGGACACUCGGCCGUCGCAUACGGUAGAGAAGUACUCAUCUCUUUCGGCUGGCAGGGAGGUAACGCUGCACCAUCAGGACUCCACGUUUUUGACGCAUCCAAUCUCACAGCAUCCACAUUCAACAAGGGAAGCUGGUCGGGCGGAAGCUGGUCUGCAACCUCAUACACUCCGGACACGCAAAUGUCUUCGCCGGCUUCGACGCCAGCGCAAGGCUCAGGAACGUCGAGCGGUUCCUCCUCGUCUGGGGCGAAUGGGUCUAGCUCCAGCUCGGGUGUUGGUACAUCAUCAUCUAGCGGCUCCAACGGCUCCAGCUCUGGCAGCGACAAUAGCGGAGGCAGCAGCAACAGCAACUCAGGUUCAGGCAGCUUCCCAGCAGGGAACGUCACGCCGACUGACGGCGGAUCGGCCAACACUGACAGCCACAGCGACGACUCGAGCGGCGGGGCAAAGGCAGGCGCAGCCGUAGGAGCCAUCAUCGGUGCUGGUCUCGUCGUUGGUGCAGGCUAUGCAGUCUACCGCCGUCGCACGCAGAACGACUAUCGGCGCUACGGCGAAAGUAAGGCAGGCAUCCUUGGCUUUGGAGGACGUCACAACGGCGGGUCUGCAGAUGAUGACCUCCUUAUGGAAAAGGGCUUCAUGCAGAGCGACUACAAUCGCCCAUACCAUCAUGCAGAUGGUGGCGCAGAGGACGGUGCUGGGCUGACCGGCGGUGUUGCAUAUGGCAGGAGGCGUGGGCGUACCGAGGGCUCACCGUGGGUGGCAGGCAACAUGGGUCAUGCGAUGGAAGGAUCAGGCCCACACUUCCGCGAGCGCAUCGCUAUCCUCGCCGGUCGAAGCAGACGUGAAUCUCAGGCAGCUCCUCGUUUCGACAUGCUCGCGGACGAAGGCGAUGGCAGCAGCGUCUAUACCACACGUCAGGCCGACAGCAUCAAUCGAAGCUACGCCGACGGCGCGGACGAGCCAGAGAGCCCGACCUGGCCUCAACGACAUAUGCGCGAGCACUCUUACGCCAACGCUGGUGACGAGGACCUUUCGAGCGGUGACAUUGGUCAAUUCUCGCACGACGAUCGCCAAGCGCAUGACGAGCUCGACAUGUAUUCUCCUUUCGAAGAUCGUCCUGAAGAAACCCGAGCAGGCCUCACGAGCGCAAUUGCUGCUGCAGCUGGCGCGAGGGGCUACGGCAAGCUCGCCGACCGCGACCUCGAAGGCAGCUACGACUCGGAGCAUCGAUCCCACGACGGUCGCUCCGAUCUCGACACGCACGAAGACCCCUCCGUCCAAUCGCACAGCACCACCAGCCGAAGCGACGUGCCCAGCUCGUCGAAAUCCUACGACGUCACUUCAUCCGGCGGCAUCGUCUCCUUCUCAGACGCAAGCCACGGUCGUCAAAGCAACAGCAGCAACGGGAUGAAACGCUCUUCGACCUGGUGGGACCGUCUCACGGGCCACUCGUCGGCGAUGGAGCGUUCUUCGUCGGGUCGACUCUUGGCUAGUCCUCAUGCUAAUUUGCCCAUUCGCGACCCCGCUCCUCCACCCGUGAGCGGGCUGGCGGUCAUCACCGAGUCGGCUCGGUCGCGAGAGGUGUCCGAAGUUCUGCCGGAUCCGUUCGCAGACAGCAACGCCAGCGGGACGGACGAGCAUGGCCGUCGUGUUGGCGCCGACGGAACACCCGAACCCUACACAGCGCACACUCAGGGACCCUCCCUCUCGUCCAUCGGUUCCGCUCGAACGGGCGCCUCCUCGCACUUCGAAUCGCAGCUGCGCGGCAUGGACGUCAUCCAGCGCGUGCGCACGGGGAGCAGUCGGCGCACGCAAUCCACACGCGCUAGCGAUACGGAUAGCGAACCUGCGCUUAGUCGCGGUCCUACGUUGCUUCGACCUCGCAACAUCCCCUCCGACGGGAAUGACGCGUCCACACUCGAUCCCGCAUCAAAACGACUGGGUGAUUUGGUCGAGGAACCUGCACGCCGACCAAGCAACGUCUCCGAAACACCCUCCAUCACGCCGCUCACCACCAAACGUGCGCGGUUGAAUCCGGUGAUGAUCUCCCCACUCUUCCCGUCGACCAGUCCGCGUCGGUCGGCUCCGCUGGCUGCGGGAGCUGCAGCAACCGUGCGCGACAAGGUGCGCGCGUUCGAGUCUGCCACCUCCUCGCAGGACACGUCAGCGUGGACGGCGAGCAUGUCCAGCGUCCUCCCGCGCACCGCACCGACGACGACGGACGAGGGUGUGGAGCGCGCCACCUCACCUCCGCUAUCGGAAAGCGCGGCGAGGAGGCCCAAGGUGGUGCAUGGUCUAGCACCAAGGCCGCAGCUGUUUGUGGCGAAUCCUGACGCGCAUGGUCGCAGAACCUCGGGCAGCGAUGGUAGCGGUCAUUGA